AUGAACAGUAAUGUUAUUAAACGUGCAAAAUCUAAUGAAAUCUGGUCUAUUCUUGCAUUUCGGUUAAUGUUAUUCUUAUAUUUUCGACGACCCGGUAUAUCAUACUUAUUCCAUUCAGAUGUGAUCCGACAACUAGUUUGUUAUCCAUGUCCUCUGUUAAAUAAAUCUUCAAAUGUAUAUUCGUUGACUGAAAAAUUUGGACUCGGAAAUUUGAAAAACUGUAAUUUCGCUCAACCAGAAGUUGAUCGCAUUGGUCCAAUUAUCCUGGUCAGUUUAACGUCAUCGAAUAUGUCGAUUAUGAACACUGCACAAUUAGCUUGUAAAGCUUUAAUUACUCAGCAUGCAAGAACUUGUUUACGUUUAUUACCGAUUAUAUGUAGUUUAAGUGAAGGACGACUUAAUAUGACAUGGAGACAGUUUAUGAAUAAACGUUAUCAAUUAUUAUUUUCCAAUUUACUUCACAUCUUAGAAAUAUUAUCGACUACAUCAGUUGACUGUUCAGCAGAAACUCUACUUGGUGUUUACGCAAGUAAUGGUUGUUUAUCAUCUGUAGAAAAUAGUGCUUUAUUCAGUAGAGAAGUGUUGCCAUACAGUAAAUAUAUGGAACGCAUUUUAUCGAAUUUGGUUGGAGUUCUAGCCUGCUUUCGUGGACAUACUCGUCAUCUUAGCGGGUUUCCAAAACGUCUGGCUAGAAUUCUUCAGUUUCAUUUACGAUUCACCCCAUGGAGUGUGAAUGUUAACGAAACUUUUAAUUUGUUUAAAGAAGAUGAAAGUAUUAAUGACAAUCUUGAUGUACUUGCUGAACAAUUUGAAGAAUUUGUCCCUAUUUCUACGAUGUUAACUCAAAUUAAUGAAUCAUAUGGUGAAAAGUAUCGUUAUUCCUCUUCCAUUCUUUCAGUUAUCUCAAAAUGUCGUGGACAGAUAAGUAAACAAUGGAAUUUAGCUGUAAUGCAACCAUUCAUUUAUCAUCUCAGAAAUAGUGUUCAUCCUCAGAUGCUUAACAACUUGUUAAAUGAAUUAGAAAUCGCUUCAAAACGGAAAGUUGUUCUUUUGUUAUAUUUCAAACAUGAAUUAGAAUCACUUAUUGGUCAUUCUUGUGAAACUGUGGCUAGUCUUGCUGUAACUCUUCUAUUACGGUUAUUACACCACUUUCCUCAUUUGGCUCAUGAAACUGUUGCCAAAACAAUCAUACCUUAUCUUUGUACGCGAUCGAAUAAACCUGAUCAUUUUACCCUGCCUUUAUUAUCGAUGUUGCCGGAUGCUAUAAUGCUUGCUCCAUGUUCAGCGUCUACUCUUAUGCAGUUAUGUGCAGAACAUAUUUUGUUGGGUGUACCAAAUGAGUUCACUUAUUCGGCUGUUGAUUAUUAUGAAGUUAGUAUGCGUCGUUUAACACUAGAUGGAUUUGAUGGUGCAUGUAUAGAACACGCAAGCUCAGCAUUGACAGCCAGUUCUGGUUUUAUUAGGGCAUCAUUAUAA